CGUCAUAUAGCGGCUAAGGACACUUAAUGAUGCAUGGGAUUCUGCAGAUUUUUAGCACAUUUGGACAUCACCAGAAGUACCAGUCCUCCAGUACGGAACAUAUCUCCUCCGUGUUUGCCAGUCGCCAACCUACCACAACCUGCGCGAAGAACUAAGACUGUGAGGUGGAGGCGAGGACACACCCGCAUACUGUAGCUCUCCAACACCGGUGCACGCGUGGUGAUGCUGCAGACAACAGGAUUAUCUGAUUAACCGUGCAGAGAAGGAAAUAUAUUUUUCUUCUUCUCGGGAAAUAAAACACACCGCUGGCCGCUGGCAAUUUACCCCAUUAUAUCAGGUGACAAAUGGGAACAGCAACUAACACCCAGUUUUGAACAAGGUGACUGCUGACAGAUCAAUCCAUGAGGUGACAUCCUGUGAGAUCCUGUGGCCGCCCGGUCUUUACGGCAUUGAAUCCCCUCCCUCUCCUCCGUCCCCCUCCCAGCAGAUUCCUGGCUGAAAAGCGCAGGCUCCCUGCUCCCCCAGCAGAAUGACUGUAGCCACUGGCGACCCCUCUGACGAGGCGACAGCGCACCCGGGGAACCCGGCUGAGUACGACCCUGACGCUGAUCACGAGUGCUGCGAGAGAGUGGUCAUCAACAUCUCUGGGCUGCGUUUUGAGACACAGCUUAAAACCCUCUCCCAGUUCCCCGACACUCUGCUGGGGGACCCCAAAAAGAGGAUGCGCUACUUUGACCCACUGCGGAACGAGUAUUUCUUCGACCGGAGCCGCACCAGCUUUGAUGCCAUUCUCUAUUUUUACCAGUCAGGAGGGAGGCUACGGCGGCCGGCCAAUGUGACCCUCGAUAUUUUCUCAGAGGAGAUCCGUUUCUAUGAGUUGGGGGAUGAGGCCAUUGAGCUCUUCAGAGAGGAUGAGGGUUUUGUCAAGGAGGAAGAGAGGCCACUUCCUGACAAUGAGUUUCAGAGGCAAGUGUGGCUGCUCUUUGAGUACCCAGAGAGCUCGGGUCCCGCUAGGAUUAUCGCUAUCAUCUCCGUCAUGGUCAUCCUCAUCUCUAUCGUAAGCUUCUGCCUGGAAACCCUGCCCAUCUUCCGCAACGACGACGACGAACCGCACAGUGUCUUUGACACCAAUACCAACACCACAAUCUACUUCACGUCCACCUACUUCACCGACCCAUUCUUCAUCCUGGAGACGCUCUGCAUCAUCUGGUUCUCCUUUGAGUUCCUGGUGCGCUUGUUCGCCUGCCCCAGCAAAUCGGGCUUUUUUGGUAACGUCAUGAACAUCAUUGACGUUGUUGCCAUCAUCCCUUACUUCAUCACCCUGGCCACAGAGCUGGCUGAGAAACCAGAGGAUGGCCAGGCGGGUCAGCAAGCCAUGUCCCUGGCGAUUCUCAGGGUCAUCCGUCUAGUGCGAGUCUUCCGAAUUUUCAAGCUCUCACGACACUCCAAGGGGCUUCAGAUCCUGGGCCAAACCCUGAAAGCUAGUAUGAGGGAGCUGGGUCUGCUGAUCUUCUUCCUCUUUAUUGGAGUCAUACUUUUCUCCAGUGCUGUCUACUUUGCGGAAGCUGAUGAGCCCGAAUCGCAAUUUGAAAGCAUCCCAGACGCCUUCUGGUGGGCUGUUGUCUCCAUGACGACAGUAGGGUAUGGUGACAUGGUCCCGACCACCAUUGGUGGCAAGAUUGUGGGCUCCCUCUGUGCCAUUGCAGGUGUGCUGACAAUUGCCUUGCCCGUGCCUGUCAUUGUUUCCAACUUCAACUACUUCUACCACCGUGAGACAGAGGGCGAGGAGCAGGCCCAGUGCCUAGGCCCAGUCACCAAAGAGGACUCAAAUGAAGAGCUGAAAAAGAGCCGGAGCGGCUCAACCAUCAGUAAAUCAGACUACAUGGAGAUCCAGGAAGGGGUGAACAACAGUAUUGAGGACAUCCCUGAAGAGAACCUAAAGACUCAGGCCAACUGCACGACGUUGGCCAACACAAACUAUGUCAACAUCACCAAAAUGCUCACAGACGUGUAGCCAGCCGGCAGGCAUUGUCCUCUCGGUGAGGUUGAGGGGUCAAAGGAUAGGACAGGUGUGUAGCCUCCUUUUUCACAUGUGCUGCUGGAAUAUCAAGGCAAUAGAUUCAGGACGUAUACCUGUACUCGUCUCUUGUGAGUGGUGAGAAACACCAGAGACCAUGUGCUCACUCCUCCCCUAACUCCCCCUGUUAGCUCGUCACACCUUGCCCUCAAACUGACCUUCUGUCAGAUUUAAAAUCUUAUAAUCCACAUUUUGCUUGUUGAUGUCUGCAUGGAGUUGGCUUUGUCAGUGUGACUUUUUCAAAUAACCUGUUCACAACAGUAGUUCAAAAAAGAGGAGAAAUGUAGUUAAAAAAGGGAAUUUAUAGUUUCCAGAAUAACCACACCACCAACCCUGCUUCAGCCCCCCUGUGCCGGCCCCUACCCUGGUCUCCCUUCAUUGCUAAAGGCACACUGCGCUUCUGAAGAGUCUUGUCUGCGUUACAAUAUGCUGCUUCCUGGAGCAAGCGAAACAAACCCGUUCUGUGGUGAACUACUUGGAGAUUACAGCACGUGUGAGCAUUCUGCGUGCAGCGCUGCUGAGGCCUGUCAUGACCUGAGUCGGAGGAGUGUGAUACUGUAGUAGCAAUCCACACGAUUUACGGGAUAUCAGCUCCAUAAGCUUAUGAUGGUUUGACUUAUUUUCUUCAGUAGACAUCAGUAUCUGAUGAAUGACUGAGAAUGUCCUUGACUUUUCACUGCUUUAGUCUUACAUGAUGUAUGUGUUUACUGUGCAUUGCGAUGCAAGCAUCCCUCCUCCACUCACCUGCAUCAGUCUGAACCAGUCUUACUGCAGCUUUGAAGACAAAGUGAAUGUCUCUUCCUCUUUCAUAAAAAAAAGUGUACUCAUUUACAUACAGAUAGGUAAGUAGUUGUGACUGUAACCGAUACUGUAGCUAGAUACGGUAGGUAAUGUAGGUAGUAACUGUAGCCAGUUGAUUGUUGCAUGGAGUUCUUAACUGAAUGAGUGUUCUCACUCACACAACUAUCAUUGCUCCAAAGACACAGCUUAUUGUCUUGCUCUCUAUAACCUUCUAUCAUACAUGUGAAGGGGUGACUAUAAAGUGGGUAUCAUACAUGUAAGUAUUCACCCCCCCCAUGGAUUUUCUCACGUUUUGUUGCCUUACAAAGUGGGAUUGAAAUAGAAUUCAUUGUGAUUUUUAGCCAAUGAUCUACAUAAAAUACUCCAGAAUGUCAGAGUAAAAAAAACAUUUAAACACAAUUUGACAAAGUAUUCACUCCUUUUGUUUACUCAAGCCUAAAUGAGUUCAGGAGUAAAAUUUGUCUUAACAAAUCACAUAAUAAUUUACAUAGACUCACUCUGUGUGAAAUUAUAGGGGUUGACAUGACAUUUGAAUAACUACCCCUUCCUCUGUCCCCCACAUAUACAACAUCUGCAACUUCCCUCAGUCAAGUAUUGAACCUCGAGCACAGAUUCAACUACAAAGACCAGGGAGAUUUUCAGAAGCCUCAUAAAGAAGGACAUGGAUUGGUAGAUGGGUAACAAUAACAAAGUAGACAUUGAAUAUCUCUGUAAGCAUGGUCAAGUGAAUAAUUCUGCUGUUAGAUUAGGUAUUCAAUCACCUAGACACGUCAAACAUACAGUCGUCCUUCUAGACUGAGCUGCAGGGCAGGAAGGAAACUGCUCAGGGAUGUCACCCUGAGGCCAUUGGUGAUUUUUUUAAACGGCUACGGAGUUCAAUGGCUGUGAUGGGAGAGAACUGAUCAACAACAUUGUAGUGACUGCACAAAAAUGACUUAAAAAGAAGAAUCCACAUUUUCAGAAUAGAAAUAUUCCAAAACAUGCAUCAUGUAUGCAACAAGGCACUACAUUAAUACAGAAAGAAAACAUGUUUGAGGAAAAUCCAACAGAACACAUCACUGGCUGCAUCAUGGUAUGGGUAUGCUUGAAAUAGGCAAAGACUGCUGAGUUUUUCAGGAUAAAAAGAAAUGGGAUGAAGCUAAUCACUGGCAAAAUCCUAGAGAAAAACCUGCUUCAGUCUGCUUUACACCAGACAAUGGGAGAUUAAUUCACCUUUCAGUAGGACAAUAAACAACAACACAAGUGCAAAUCUUACACUGGAGUUGCUUACCAAGAAGACAGUGAAUGUACUUAGUGGCCAAGUUACAGUUCUGACUUAAAUCUGCUUGAAAAUCUAUGGCAGUACUUGAAAAUUGCAGUCUAGCCAUGAUCCCCAACACCUUGACAAAGCUUGAACGAUUUUGAAAAUAAUAAUGGACAAAUGUUGCACAAUCCAGGUGUACAAAGCUCCCAGAGACUUACCCAGAAAGACUCAUCGCUGCCAAUGGUGUUUCUAACAUGUGUUGACUUGGGGUGAAUACUUGUCUAAUCAAAGUACUGUAUAUUAGUGCUUUAUUUUUCAUUCAUCUUUAAAACAUUUUGGAACUUUUCUUCCACUUUGACAUUACAGAGUAUUUUGCGUCGAUCAUUGACGAAAAAUAAUAAUACUAAUAAUUACAUCUAUUUUAUUCCCACUUUGUAACACAAUCAAAUGUGAAGAAAUCCAAGGGGGUGAAUACUUAUGAUAAGCACUGUAGGUUAUUAUCUAACAAGCUACAAGGGUGUCUAAAAGGUUACCAUGCCCCAAACCGGCCCUAUAGUUUGAACGAUAUUGUGUUCCUGACAUUUGCCCCAAAUAUAACAUUCCAGCCACACCGCUGAGCUGAAAACAUAGAGGUGUUUAUAUUACCGCAGUCAUUGCAGCUGAGCUUUAAUUUGAGGCAAAAUGCAUUAGUUAAUUACUUACAGUACUCAUGCAGUUUAGUUGCAGCAUUAAUCUCAGUUACAGACAGACUUGUGUGGCCUCGCCUCACGGCUGUCUUGUACAACUGUGUCCAUCGUGUCUUCACGAUGAGCUAUUGGCACAGCUAAUGGGACAUGUAUAAAAUGAUGCUUCCUCCCUAAACUGCGAUCAAUACAAGAAGGCUAACUGAAUGCUAACUCUCCUAGUGUUGCAUGACCUCAAUACAUUCACAGAAGCAUGUUCAAGGAAACCUGUGAAACAACCUAUGAAAACUAUUUAAUAGGAUACCUAUAUUUAUCUCAAUAUACACUUACGUACUUUUAAAUGUGAUAACAAAGCAAUCUGGAACGUAUAAGAAGGGGAAUUGACAUUCAGCUGACGAUUUAGAGAUGAGGAUGACCAUGACGGAGAUGAUAGCGUUAAUCCGAUAAUCCUUGAAGAUAUGCAGAUCGUUGCUAUGUUUGCUUUAUGAUAUGAACAAUGACACUUGUUUAUUUCGAGCACUGUUGGGGUAGCCCCAUUUCAGGGACUUGUCUGUUGGACAGAGUGCCAAAGACAUGCAUGCGCGUAAUACCCUAGCCAUUUGGCAGGACAAAUGGAGGUACAGUAGUAUAUCUGUGGUAGAUGCAUCCCUCAAUCCCAAAAUAUGAGCGCUAUCUAAAUUCUGUCCUCGUACUCGAAGGAGAGAUGGUUUAUACAUUGCCAACAGCUGAAGUAUGUAGCUGUGCGGCAACUCUUAACUACACAGUUCUAGGUCUCUCAUGACAUUGCUGAGUCUGCUGCCUUUCUACAUCUUUUUCAUAGUGGUCUUUAGGGCACAUGAGAGUAAUAGCUGUUUCGCCAGUGCAAAUUACAUGGUAAAUGGAUUCAGUCUUAUUUACCCUUUGGUAAAUAUUGGUUUGACUCUUAAUGUCUAAGGUGUUUCUAAUAAGUCUGAUCUGUCGGUUCGGGAUGAGAAAGACCCGUUUACGUUUUUAGGCCUAAAUGUUUACUACCAUUGCCGCAGUUUGCACUCAGGGUGCCUCGCUAGAUAGACAGAAGUGAGGUUCUUAUCUCCUGGUCCCUCCCUCUGCCCUUACCAUGUUCCUUUCCUCUCUUGUGUCUUCAAUUGAAAUGAAGCGUGUUGGAAAGGAACUUGGCUCUGACAAUAAUCUGGGUCUGGAACCCUGCUUGUUGAUGCUUCCAUUUACAUUAUAACAUGAUGUUAUUGUGUUCUUACUGUAACACACUUCCCCUCUAAUGCACCACCUUGUCCACAACACACAUCCUAUACAUUAACUGUACAUGAUGUGACUAUGUAGGUACACAAUUAUGUGGUGUUUAUUUGUGUGUGUGUGUGUGUGUGUGUGUGUGUGUGUGUGUCUGUGUGUGUGUAGCCCACCUCUGAAUGUCAGUGUCUUAGCUUGGUUGUACUGCUGCAUUAAAGUGACAGUGUGCAACCAUUCAUGCAUGUGUGCAUACCAUUUUAAUUAUUUUUUACUGCGCACAGUAUGACCAAAAAUGACCAAAUUGUCGAUACAAUGCAUUUGCAUUGUAUGUUUUUGUAUUAUUUUUCUAUUUAUUUUUCCACACACACUGUCAAAUUUAGCAACAUAUCGAAUUAGAAGCACUGUUGUUGAGUGUCAAUGAUUUGCUUUUUAGAUGCUCUAAGCACAAGCACAAAUGGAGUAUACCCAUUUGUAUCACUGGCCUUUUCAGAUUUACUAUGUAUGUCAAAUGUUUAUUUGCAAAAUGGAGUGUCACAAAAUUGAAAAUGUAUAUUUUGCUUUAUAGUAAGCAUCUCUAUACCAUUUUAACUCAAAGUGUACAGAGGGUUCCACCAGCAAAAUCACAGUCAGAAAGAUUCAGAAAAUUCACUGCAAAGUCUAUCCAGAGAAGCACUCUAGAUUGGAAAUAUAGACACACAUAGGCCAGGGUGUAGAAUGGAAGGUGACUUCACAAUGCAGUUCAAUGGAAGAUGACCUCACAAUGCAGUUCAAUGGAAGGUGACCUCACAAUGCAGUUCAAUGGAUUGAUUCAAUAAAUAAGAAUACAGGAAAACUGCACCGCCGGUUCAAAAAUGCUAUGCUCUAUUGGAGGCCGUAAGUAACUGGGUUAACGGUGAAUACUUCCGCAAGCUGUACCUCUCACCAACAUUGUCAUUGAAUAUGAGUGUGAAACUUUCCUGAGUGAAACCGCAGUGUGAUUUUCCUUCUAUCUGUAAUUGUUUGAAUUUGGGACACAGUGAAAGCCUUGUAUUGCACCGUAUGCUUUCCAUCAACAAAAAAGUAAACGUGCAAGUAUCUAAACAAGUAGUAGCUAUACAAUUGACUGUAUAUGCAUGUGUUUUAGAACAAGAGAGUGUGUUUCUGUGGUCUCAAAGUGAAUGGUACUGUGGCAACACUGUUACAGUAUAGCUGUUUCACCUUCAACCCUCCCACACAUCAUGGUGGCCUGACUACUACUAUCUGCUUUGGUACAAAAGGACAAUGUUUGUUUUUUUAUGAAAAUAAAUGUAUGGAAAUACUGUGCAUAACAAUAUUGGAUUAAGACGACAAAAAAAACAGUACUAUAAUGCUAUGCGAAGUCUGGAUUUAAAGUAGUAUGAACUGCACUUUACAGGAACAAAAAGACAAUCUGCAGACAAGAAAAAUGCGUCAAACUAAAAUGCAUAUAAUCCUUCCAAAUGAUCAUAACCAUGAUAACAAAGUAAUAUCAAUAAUGAAGACAAUAAUAAUUCAACCAAA